UGGUCACCCUGAACAAAGUCCAUAGGGACAAAUAUAUAGAGUAACGCUUUCUUGCAAUACAUCCCCUGAAGGUUGAAACGGUUUGCAUACUCGAAAGGCGCUUUCUGUCAAGAUGGCUGAGAACAGAGAUAAAACUACCGACCAAAUGAAGACAUGGAAGGAGAACAGAGGCUCUCGGAAGCCAGACGUCCUGACCACUGGGGCUGGACAUCCCAUUGGAGACAAGCUGAACCUGCAGACUGCUGGUCCCAGAGGUCCUCUUCUGGUUCAAGAUGUGGUCUUCACUGAUGAAAUGGCCCACUUUGACCGGGAACGGAUCCCAGAGAGAGUGGUGCACGCCAAAGGAGCAGGGGCUUUUGGCUACUUUGAGGUCACUCAUGACAUCACCCGCUACUGCAAAGCCAAAGUGUUUGAACAUAUUGGAAAGACGACGCCCAUUGCUGUCCGCUUCUCCACCGUGGCUGGUGAGUCUGGGUCAGCAGACACCGUUCGAGAUCCCAGAGGAUUUGCUGUCAAGUUUUACACAGAUGAGGGCAACUGGGACCUGACGGGCAACAACACCCCUGUUUUCUUCAUCAGGGACGCCCUACUGUUUCCGUCCUUCGUCCACACCCAGAAGCGCAACCCCCAAACUCACAUGAAAGACCCUGACAUGGUGUGGGACUUCUGGAGCCUGAGGCCCGAGUGUCUGCAUCAGGUGUCUUUCCUGUUCAGUGACCGCGGUCUGCCUGACGGCUACCGCCACAUGAACGGCUACGGCUCCCACACUUUCAAGCUGGUCAACGCUGACGGCGACCGCGUCUACUGCAAGUUCCAUUACAAGACUGACCAAGGAAUAAAGAAUCUAUCAGUGGAGGAGGCAGAGCAUCUGGCUUCCACCAACCCAGACUAUGCCAUUGGAGACCUGUUCAAUGCUAUUGCCAACGGAAACUACCCAUCCUGGACUUUUUACAUCCAAGUCAUGACUUUUGAGCAGGCGGAGAAAUUCCAGUUCAACCCCUUUGACCUGACAAAGGUGUGGUCACACAAAGAAUUCCCACUGAUCCCUGUGGGAAGAAUGGUCCUCAACAGGAAUCCCGUUAACUACUUUGCAGAGGUGGAGCAGCUGGCCUUUGACCCCAGCAACAUGCCCCCGGGCAUUGAGCCCAGUCCUGACAAGAUGCUGCAGGGCCGGCUCUUUUCCUACCCCGAUACCCACCGACACCGGCUGGGGGCCAACUACCUGCAGAUCCCUGUGAACUGUCCUUUCAGGACCCGGGUCGCCAAUUAUCAGCGAGAUGGCCCCAUGUGCAUGUUUGACAACCAAGGUGGCGCUCCAAACUACUAUCCAAACAGCUUCAGUGCCCCAGAGACCCAGCCUCAGUUUGUGGAGUCCAAGUUCCAAGUGUCUCCUGAUGUGGCGCGGUACAACAGCGCAGAUGAAGACAAUGUGACUCAGGUUUGUACCUUCUUCACCAAAGUGCUGAAUGAGGACGAGCGCCAAAGGCUUUGCCAGAACAUGGCGGGGUCCCUGAAAGAAGCCCAGCUCUUCAUCCAGAAACGCAUGGUGGAGAACUUGAAGGCCGUCCAUCCUGACUAUGGAAACCGUGUUCAGACCCUCCUGGAUAAAUACAAUGCACAGGCAAAAAAGAGCGCCAGUGUGCACGUCUACAACCGUCCAGGAGCUUCCGCCAUCGCUGCUUCCUCCAAAAUGUGAAGCUGCACCUCCUCUUCCUCUAACCUCAGAGGAACUCAGAAUCACCAACUUCCUGAUGGAACGAGAUUUGAAUGAACCUGCUAACAGCUACGGCUAAUCACGUGUGUCUUUGCUAGCAGUUGAUUGUCUGUGCAGCUCAAUGCUGUCAAAUACAAGAUGAUCGGAAUCCAGGCAAAUGUCUUGAAUUAAUCCUGUUUCAGUGGAUCUGUGGACGUCAUCAUGUCGUCUUCUAAAACAACUUUCUUCAACGAUGCGGCGCUUUCAUGGAUUGGAUUGUGUUCUACUUUGUGAUGGCAGAAAGAUGUGCGCACACGCAUGUGCUCGCCUUAAAAGGUUCUGCUGGGAAUGAAUAAUGGGAUGAAAAUGAUGCCGUCAGAGCUGUGGGAACCAUCUGGAAAUGCCACGCCCACUUAAGGCGGGAAUAUCUGAUCAGAAGCUUCAAUUAAACAGAUUUUCUUUGUACUCAACUGUCAGUGAUAUAUUCUGAUGAAAAACUUUUUUUCUAAUUAUUAAAAGUUAUAAUA